AUGCGUGACGGGAACGACAAUCGUGCCAGGAACCACUACGUUACAAACAACAUGUGCGAAUGUCAACGUUCAAAACGUUACGACGACGAAUACGCGAUGAGAACUGUUUGGGGAGCCGGCUUGGUUAUAUGCCAAGUAUCAGAAAAGCAGAUUUGCGAGGGAUGA